UCUGUGAACAAAUAAAAACGUUUCUAUGAACAUUGUUUAUGACGCGCUGCGACAUAUCAAAACUAUAAUUGAAGUGAAACGGCAGUUGAAGUGAUUAAUUUUGUGAACAAAUUUCCUUUGAGGAUUCAGUGUAAAGAACGAAAGUACUGUUUAUUUGUGAACUGGAGGUAGCGUAUAAUGUGAUGAUGCGACGUGGCAAGGCUUUGUUGGAGGGUAGUAGGCAGGGCUCCGUGGACGGAAACAGUAACGUGGCUAACGAUAAAGAGCUGGUGCACAAGUGUCACAGCGACCCUGGAGGCGGUAGAGCCCUGGGUGCAGCUCCAAGGACGCACAGACAUCGAUCGGUAUCGGGCGCGUUGAGGAAAUGCGUUCUAACGCUGGACGGUUACUCAUAUGUCAUAGUGGCGAGUCCGCCGGGAGGCGCGGGCGCACCACGCGAGGAGGUGCCCCGUCCGCCGCCCCCCGCCCCGCGCAACGGCUCACCCAAACAAGGCGCCCUCACAAUAGUCCGGCGUUCGUCUAGCCGCGGUAAGACGGAGAGUUCUCCGCCGACCGACGAACAGCUAGACCAACUCGAUCUAGACACGGAGCACUUGCCCGCCGUCGAUACGCCCGAUGCAUGCGACAAAGCCGCACUUAGAUUACGCUACCUCCUUAGACAAUUAAACAGAGGUGAAAUACCAGCUGAGACACUUCAAAGAAAUCUCCAAUAUGCCGCAAAAGUUCUCGAAGCCGUCUACAUUGAUGAGACCAAACCGGCUGUGGCGCGACAGCAAUCGGCGCCGACCCUGGUGUUUAGGAGACUGGCAGAUGAAGAUGACGAAUUAUCAGAAGUUCAACCGGACGCUGUGCCUCCUGAAGUACGGGAAUGGCUCGCGUCAACGUUCACAAGACAAUUGGCGACUGCGAAGCGAAAGUCAGAUGAGAAACCAAAGUUCAGAUCAGUGGCGCAUGCGAUUCGAGCUGGUAUUUUCGUCGACAGGAUCUACAGGAGGGUUACGAAUACAGCACUCAUGCAAUUCCCUCAAGAUGUUGUCAGAGUGCUCAAAACAUUAGACGAAUGGUCAUUCGAUGUGUUCGCUUUACACGACGCGUCCGCUGGUCAACCUGUCAAAUAUUUAGGAUAUGAACUGUUGAACAGAUACGGGAUGAUACAUAAAUUCAAGGUGCCGCCCACGAUCCUGGAGAACUUCUUGAGUCGAAUAGAGGAAGGCUAUUGCAAGUUUCAUAACCCCUACCACAAUAAUCUCCAUGCAGCUGACGUCGCUCAAACCGUUCACUACAUGUUGUGCCAAACAGGACUCAUGAAUUGGUUAUCUGAUCUCGAAAUCUUCGCCACAUUGGUAGCAGCUGUCGUCCACGACUUCGAGCAUACGGGCACUACGAAUAAUUUCCAUGUAAUGUCCGGCUCUGAUACAGCUCUGCUGUACAACGACAGAGCGGUGCUCGAAAAUCACCACAUAAGUGCUGCUUUUAGACUGAUGCGUGACGAAGAAUGCAACAUACUCCAGAACUUGUCACGAGAUGAAUUCCGUGAAUUCCGCACUCUCGUUAUCGACAUGGUGCUAGCUACGGACAUGUCAUUCCACUUCCAACAACUGAAAAACAUGAGAUCCUUACUUACGCUCGCUGAGCCAACUGUAGACAAGUCCAAGGCAGUAUCACUGGUGCUGCACUGCUGUGAUAUCUCGCAUCCAGCCAAGAGAUGGGAUCUCCACCACAGGUGGACUAUGAGCCUUCUCGACGAAUUCUUCCUCCAGGGUGACAAAGAAAGAGAGCUAGGGCUCCCAUUCAGUCCCCUAUGCGAUAGAAACAAUACCCUCGUCGCGGAGUCCCAGAUCGGUUUUAUAGAUUUCAUCGUUGAGCCCAGUAUGGGCGUGUGUGCUGACAUGCUGGAAUGCAUAUUAGGGCCUCUACAUUCCAGCACCAAGAAUUCUUCAACUUCUGCUGGACAGGAACCCAUAAAUGAGGAGAGCACAGGAGCUGAGCCAGUUAGUAAAUUCAAGAUAAAGAAACCUUGGGUGGCCUGUCUCACGGACAACAAGAAGAUAUGGAAAGAACAAGCUGCUAAAGAUGCUGAAGCACGAGCUAAGCUGGAGGAGGAGACGAAUGGUACAUCCCCACCAACAGAAGAAUAAUAUUUAGCCACAUUUGUAAAUAGCGUGAAAACUAGUUGUUGCAACAUGUUUCAGUCAUUGUUGAAUAAGAGCUAGGCUAUUAUUGUUGUCACAUUCGCUUGUCACUAACAUAUUGUUGUAUUGUUUGCACAAAAUUAACGAUCAUUUAUUUCUUCUUUCUGGUGUAUUUUAGUGGUGUCAAAAAUAUUGAGUAAUGGCCUUUGUAACCUAACCUUUUUUAGAGAAAUUGAUUACUUCAUUAAACAUUGCUAAAACUAAAGCUAAUUGUAAACUAUUGGAAUUAUAUAUAAUUUAUUCCUGCGAGAAUAUUCGAUUAGAUAUAGAUUAAAUUGUUAAAAACUUUUUAAUCUCUAUACAAACAUUUUAGGAUUUGACAUGCGAGCUAAGCAAAUUAAAACUUCGUACAAAAAUCUUGAUAUUUUUCCGAGCGACAGCCAUCCGUUACACUCACCCGAAAAAACCCAGUUUGACGAUUAGAACUUUAGUAUAGUAUUUAAAAAAUAAACUAUAAAUCAUUUGUAUUAUUUAUAAUCAUAUUCAUUUUAAGGGACUAUUUGAUGAAAUAACUAAAGGCAGGCAUUUAACAAUAGUAUAUACAUUCAAAUAAAGAUGUAGAACAUAAUGAUAGCAUACUGAUACAGUCCAAGUGGUACAACUGUUAAGAUAUAUAUGACAAGAUUAACUUUGAUAAAAGAGGGCACAUGGAGAUGCUCAGGGGCUUACUCGACUCGCUCACACACUUUACAUUUUUGAUUACUUUCGUUAUACUGUGAUUGUGAUUGAUGAUUACAUAUUGUAAUCGUAAUCGUUAAUCAGUAAUCUGAUUGCAUGUUGCCAAAAUCUGUAUAUGUCUACCAACCCGCAGCGAAACAGUGUGGUAGAACAAGCUACAAACAGGAGACGUUUGCCCAACCAUGAGACUUCAAAGUAAAAUUGCUAUAAUUCAUUUUUAAUUUGUAGAACAAUAUAUAAACGCACAAACAUUUUUUAACCAAUCCAUAUACAAAACAAUAAUCAUUAGAUAUGCAGGGCUUAUAUAUGGUAUACAGCAGCUAUAUAUGUAGAUGUAGGUAUAGGAUUUUUAACCAGAAAGAAGAAACAAUAUGGUCAAAUAUCUUAAUAUUAAUGCACAAUCUGAUGUAUAAAUUCUCUAUGUGGAAGACAACGUAGUGAGUUUUAUUCGAAUAGGCGAAAGGCCGUGGAGCGGCGACGCCAAUAGUGUAAAUAAUGUUAAGUAGCUUUAAUCCUUAUACUUUGCCUUUAAAAUUUAAUUUCGUCGAGCAGGACUCGAUUAUAAUAUGACUAUUUAUUAUUAUUAUGUAAAUAUAUUUCAAAUUUGUU